AUGUCGGGCGACAGAGAUCUCUUCAUCGCCUACGGCGUUCUUAUGGCCGGCGCCGUAGCUCCCAUCUACUUUGGCUCCUUCUCGUCCCUCAAGACGCCCAAGACGACUCGAGAUCUGCUCAAGGCGGUCAAGAAGAAGCGCAAGUCCAGCCGAGCUUCGGACGACUCUGACUCUGACAGUGAUUCCGACUCGGAGUCGGAUGAGGACGACGACGUGCUCGACAGAGUCACUUCGUCCGAUGCCAUGUGGUUCCCCAUCAUGGGCUCGGCCGUGCUAUUCGGACUCUUCCUCAUCUUCAAGUACCUCAACAAAAAGUACGUCAAUCUGCUGCUGAGCUUCUACUUUGGCUUCGUCGGCUGUCUUGCACUCAGCCAGGCGCUCGUAACCACCACUCGCGCCAUCGUGGGCCGCGCUUUGUGGAAGAAGCUGCCCAACUUUCGGCUUUACCUCGACCAGCGUGGACACGGUCGCCUUUUCAAGCUCUCCUUCACCCACGUCGACGUUGCGCUCAUCAUCGUCUCGGCUCUGCUGGUGGGAGUGUAUCUUGUCACCAAGAACUGGAUCAUCAGCAACUUGCUCGCGCUCUCCUUGGCGCUCAACGCCAUUGCGCUCAUGUCGCUCGACUCGUUCCGCACCGGCGCCAUCAUGCUCGGCGGUCUAUUCGUGUACGACAUCUUUUGGGUGUUUGCUACCCCGGUCAUGGUCUCGGUCGCCCGCAACUUCGACGCUCCCAUCAAGAUCGUCUGGCCCAAGAACAUCCUCGAGGCCUUGUGGGCGAUUCAAGCGCGAGAACCGCUGCCAAAACUCCAGUUCACCAUGCUUGGACUCGGCGACAUUGUGAUCCCAGGCAUCUUUGUUGCGCUCGCACUCCGAUACGACCAGCUCGUUGCCAGCGAAGCCAAGCCUUCGUCGAGCUUCACCAAGUCUUAUACUCGCUACGACAAGCCUUAUUUCAAAGCUACGCUCGCCGCAUACGUUGCCGGUCUUGCCACGACCAUGGGCGUGAUGCACUUUUUCAAGGCGGCCCAACCCGCUCUGCUCUACCUGAGUCCCGCAUGCACCGGUGCUGUCUUCCUGACUGCUGCGCUUCGCGGAGAGUUCAAGGAGGUGUGGAACUGGACGGAUGGAGAGGAAGAGGAGAAGGACAAGGAUGAGAAGAAGGGCAAGGCGGACAAGGAACGCGAGUCUACUGUCAGACGAUCCAGUCGCAAGAGUACUUCGACCAAGAAGAAGGAGUGA